AUGGAUUUUCAUGAGACCUUUAGUCCUGUUGCUAAGCAGCCCACCAUUCGCAUCUUUAUUUGCAUUACUCUUCAUUAUAAUUGGCCUAUUACUCAGCUCGAUAUCUCCAAUGCAUUUAUCCAUGGCUCACUUGAAGAUGAAGUAUUCAUGGCUCAACCUCAGGGAUUUGUGGUGUUUCAUAAUAGUUUGUCAAAUACUUCCUUGUUUGUUAAAAAGACUCCCACUAGUCUUACACUGCUAGUUGUAUGUGUUGAUGACAUACUCUUGACUGGUAGUGAUUUUGUUCUUCUUACUCAGUUUCUUCAAAAGAUGCACUUAGUUUUUUCUAUGAAAGAACUUGGGUCUUUAUCCUAUUUUCUGGGUAUCAAUGUUAUUGCUCAAGAUUCCAAUUAUUUUCUGUGUCAACAAAAGUAUGCUAUCGAUCUUCUUCUUAAAGCUGGUAUGGUGGAUUGCAAGCCUUGUUCUACUCCUUUGGCUGUGAAGUCAUCUGCCUCUCUUUCAGAUGAUAUUCUUUUUGCUCAACCUUCUCUCUAUCACAGUUUGGUUGGAGGUCUUCAAUAUCUUACCAUUACUAGGCCGGAUUUGUCUUUGGUUGUUAAUCAAGCUUGCCAACAUAUGCAUGUUCCUACCAAUGCCCAUUUUCAGAAUGUUAAACGUCUUCUUCGUUAUGUUAAAGGCACUGUUUCUCAUGGAUUGAGUUUCACUCCUUGUCCAUUCACUCUUGAUGCCUUUUCUGACUCAAAUUGGGCAGGUGAUGCUUUGGAUAGACGUUCUACCUCAGGGUACUAUAUCUUUUUAGGCCCUAAUCUGAUUUCUUGGUCUGCCCAGAAACAACCAACUGUCUCUCGUUUCUCUACCGAGGCUGAAUAUAGGUCCUUAGCCAAUACUACUGUUGAACUCAGUUGGCUUCAGCAGUUGCUUAAGGAUUUUUCAUUUCCUACUUCUUCUAUUCCAACUUUAUGGUGUGACAAUUUAUCGGCUAUGGCUUUUGCUUCCAAUCCCGUCUUUUAUACCCGGUGUAAACAUAUUGUAAUAGACUAUCAUUUCAUUCGCGAGCGCGUUGUUGCCAAACAAGUUGUUCUCAAAUAUGUUCCUACGUCUGAUCAAUUAGCUGAUUUGUUCACCAAACCGUUGUCUGGUUCUCGGUUUCAUUAUCUCAAAGACAAGCUUAUGCUCCUUCCUUCUCCCAUCAGCUUGAAGGAGGCUAAUAAGAUACAAGCAUCAAGAGGCAGAGAAGGCACUAGCAUUGUGUCAACAGCAAUAGCAGAUGCCACACUUGUUAGCUCAGUGUCAGACUGUGAUGUUGGCUAA